UCCUAGAAAGGGGGAACUCCACAUCCAGUAAAGACGAGGAGGGAAAAGAUAGGCAGAAAUAAGCACCCUCCCCUCAUUCCAAGAGAGAGAGAAAAAAAAAAAAACGUCAGAGAGGCAGGUAGUCUCCGGCUCAGCUUCCAACAAGAAGGGUGACUGGAUGGAGUGGGGAUGGACCGCCACAGGAUUGGAGGGUUGCUGCUCUCGCAUCUUCCGCUUCUCCCCAUCUCUCGUCUCUGAACGCCAUGGCGGGCCCGAACCUCCUCCUCUCGCUCUUGCUGGGGCUCCUGGCGGGGAGCUUCUUCGCCGAGGCCACCUACUACCGGCCCCACCGCUACUUCCCGCACUUCAUCCGCUUCCGCCAGCCUCCCUCCAACAUGGAAAACCACCUCCCGGAGGUCGUGCACCCGGCGGCCAGAGCCCCGCAUCCCGACGUGCCCAAGUUUCCCGUCAUUCCCGAAGUCCUCCCCCCGACACCCGAAGACAUCCAGAGCUUGCCGGAGGCUUACCACGCGGAGCCCGAAGUCAUCCGCCUGCCGCCUCAUGCUGCCCCCGCCCCCGCCGACACGACGCGGGUCUUCUACGGCGUCAUGUUCGACGCGGGCAGCACCGGCACCAGGAUCCACAUCUACAAAUUCAUCCAGAAAGACCCAGUUGAGCUCCCAGUUCUGGACAAUGAAAUGUACCAUGCAGUGAAACCAGGACUUUCUGCUUAUAAAGACAACCCUGAGGAGGGUGGCAACACGGUGCGUCAGUUGCUGAAGAUAGCCAAGAAGACCAUCCCAGAGGAGGAGUGGAAAAGGACCCCGGUGGUCCUGAAGGCCACGGCGGGCCUGCGCCUGCUGCCCGAGGACAGAGCCAGCGCUCUUUUGAACGAGGUGCGUCAUGUUUUUCAAGAGUCUCCCUUCUACGUGCCACACAACAGUGUCACCAUUAUGAAUGGAACAAACGAAGGAGUCCUGGCCUGGGUCACGGUGAACUUCCUUACAGGGCACUUGUAUUCCAACACAAGGAGGACAGUGGGCAUCCUGGACUUGGGAGGCGGGUCUACGCAGAUAACAUUCCUCCCCAAGUCGAAGAAAACAGUUCAAGCUGCUCCCCAUAGUUACAUCGCCAAAUUCAACUUGUUCAAUAACACGUAUCAGCUCUACACGCACAGCUACCUUGGAAAUGGACUGUACGCGGCCCGUUUGGCAACUCUCGGAGCACUGGGAGCUGAAGGUCUGGAUUGGAAAGUCUUCACCAGUUCCUGCCUACCAAAGAAGUUCAAAGAAGAUGUGACUUUUGGUGGAACCACUUACAAAGUCAGCGGAGUUCCAGAUGGCUAUGCGGGCUACAGGCUGUGCUACUACGAGGUGAUGAAGGUCAUCAAGGGAAUCGUGCAUCAGCCUUAUGAGGUGAAAGGCAGUAGCGUGUUCUAUGCUUUUUCCUACUACUUCGACAGAGCUGUGGAGUCUGGCCUCAUUGAUGGCAGCCGAGGUGGCGCAAUCGAAGUCAGGGACUUUAAAAAGAGAGCCAAAGAGGUGUGCAACAAAAUGGCCAAAUACCGUGCCAUCAGCCCCUUCCUGUGCAUGGACAUGACGUACAUCACUUGCUUGCUGAAGGAGGGCUUUGGCUUCAAGGACAACACAGUGCUCCAGCUGGCGAAAAAGGUGAACAACGUGGAGACCAGUUGGGCCCUGGGUGCCACCUUUGACUACUUCAGGAACCUCAACAUCCACUAAAGGGCAGCUCAAGGGCAAUGCAGUCAGCACUGAGAGGGGCACUUUCGUCACUGCGGGGCUUCCCUCCCUCCGCCCACCCCCACAGGCACACCCUUGUCCCAUCAUGCCCACCCACCUCUUCCUCCUCAUCCUCGACACCCAGCAAACACUAGCAGAACUGUUUAAGAAAAAAACAAAUCACUAUAUUUUUGUAAAGCCAGCUAUUUCUACUGUACGUUGAGCCCCUGACUGCUGGGCUGACUUUAUUUUUGUAAAACAUUUUUUUUGGUUCCUCAUGGGUAUUUGGAAACGUGCCCUCAGGUUGCUGUCCGGUGUGUGGGCCUAGUUUGUAGUCACGGUGGUUUGAUACCGCCUGGUUGUGGGCGGUGCCAUACACAACAAUGUAAUGGCAGUCUUACUCAAGUCACCUAUGUCUUUUUUUUUUUUUUUUAAAUCAAAAAUGUUAAUGAUUCCAUGUGAAAUUCCAUCGGCCAAAGUCGACAAGCAGUUGACAAGCGCACAGCUCCCGUCAUUCAACUUUGCACGCAACACUUUAAUUGUAGACAUUGUAGCCAUUCAUCAUGACUCACGAGGUCAAAGUUCACUCUCAGAGUGUGUGUGGUGAGCUGUCACACGCACGGAGUGAACACUUUUAUUUUUACGUUUCCUGAACGGCGUAGUCAGCAUCGCGCCGUGGCGAAAUUGCAAAGGAGCAAUAGAACAACCGCUCAUCAAGUGGAGUUAACAAGGUCAUUAAACGGAACUACUAGAAAAGUAAACACAAAUUAUGAACCAAAUGACCCAUCUGUGACUUUUAAAGUUGUGGGGAUGUUGCUCAUUGUUCAACAGCAUUAAUAAUGAUUUAUACUGCUUCUCCUCGUGUGAACUGUACAAAUAUUUAAAGACCUGAAAAUCCUUGUAAUGUAUUUUAACAUUUAUUUUAAGCUUUUAACUUUAAAUGCUCUCUAAAUACCCCCCCCUCCCCCCACACACACACUUUCUUCCAGGUAUACAAAACGCUCCUUAACUACUGUUGUAUAUAUGCAGGUUAGUGAACAAAAACCGCUCUCAAAAGCAACCCCUCCCAAAAAAAAAAAAAAUUCCUAUGCCAUGUCACAGUUGCUCAGAAUGCUCAUUAACUGCCUAACUUGAGGCUUUUACUGUGUAAAUUGUUUCUUUCUUAUUCAACGAAAUGCUUGUUUUACUAAA